GGUACGGAACCUUUUGGCGCAAUAAAGGCUAGCUGGCACUUGGUAGCGAUGCUGCAAGCUCUCCUACAUCCUCCCCGCUACAAGCGUCGCCCACGAUAAUCCACAAUUGGGACUAGAUUUUACUUAUGCUCAGAAUACCUCGCUCUUCACAUCUUAGCUAUAUUUCUUCCAUCCCAGCAGCUAUGUCGAAACCCCAUUCUUCAGGAUUCAAGUCUUCCGCCCCAUCUCGAUCGUCAGAAACUGCACCUCCUGGGUACUCGAUAGAUCCCAAAGCUAGACCUAUGCUUAGAUUUCAAGCCUCCUUACCCCGUCUUCCUGUCCCCUCUCUCUCCGAUACUGCCGUCAAGUAUUUAGAGACGGUUAAACCGCAUGUUACGGAUGCCGAGUACGCAAAGACAGAAGCUGCCGUCAAAACGUUUGUAGAAUCACCCCAGGCCGCUGAACUGCAGAAACGAUUGGAAGCACGGAGGGCAGAUCCGAACGUUAAGAAUUGGUUGGCAGAUUGGUGGAAUGAGCUCGCGUAUAUGGGUUACCGGGAUCCCGUGGUUGUUUUCGUCAGUUACUUUUACGUGCACUUGGACGAUAAACUUCGUAAAGAUCCUGUUACUCGGGCCUCUAGUCUUAUCAAAGCGAUGUUAUCUUUCAGAGCUUUGACUGAAAGUCAACAGCUUGAGCCGGAAAAAGUACGAGGGGCACCGUUGUGCAUGGACUCGUACAAAUGGCUAUUCCAUUCGUCUCGCUAUCCCACGAAACCAUCGGAUACAGCGCGGAAGUUUGAUCCAGCAACGCAUAAUCAUGUCGUUUUCAUUCGCAAGAACAAAUUUUAUAUGGUACCUUUGACUAACAAAAUGGGAAAAGAAGUAUCUGCGGCGGAACUUGAAGUACAAAUUGAGAGAAUUAUCAAUAGAGCGGGUUCAGACACCUCGCCAACGCCUAUUGGUGCCCUCACAUCAGACAAUCGUGACUUGUGGACCGAGGCACGGAAAGUGCUCAUCGCGGCGUCUCCCAGUGGAAUCAAUUCAAAAAGCCUGGAAAUGAUCGAAAGUGCAAUGAUUAUCGUAUGCCUUGAUGACACGAAACCUGUAACGCGAGAAGACAUUUCAUGGCAAUGCUGGGUCGGUGACGGCAGGAACCGAUUCUAUGAUAAGCACCAGCUGAUCGUCUUUGACAAUGGUCGGUCUGGGUUCCUAGGAGAACAUUCAUGCAUGGACGGGACGCCGACGUUGCGUAUGAAUGAAUUUGUGUUGGCUGCGAUUGCCUUGAAUAAGGUCCGCUUGGGCUCUCCAAGGACAAGUGAGACAGAAAAAGACGUGGCUGAGCCCGUCGAACUGAAGUUUGAAGUCGACGAAGGUGUUGGACAGCUUGUCAAGGAAGCGGAGACACGAUUCGAUCAAUUGGUGGGACGACACGAGCUUCAUGUUCUCCAUUACGAAGGGUACGGGAAGAAUCAGAUGAAACAAUUCAAAGCAUCCCCCGAUGCGUGGGCUCAGCUGGUGAAGCAGCUUGCGUUUCACAAGAUGUUCGGCCGACCUGGGAUAACGUAUGAAAGUGCCCAAACAAGAAAGUAUCAGUUGGGACGGACAGAAGUCAUACGCAGUGCGAGCCAGGAAAGCAAGAAGUGGGCAGAAGCGAUGCUGGAUCCCAAGGAGACGGAUACGAAUCGUGCUGGGUUGUUCCGAGCGGCAGUGAAACGGCACUUGCAGUAUGCGGCAUGGGCGGCGGAUGGACGGGGAGUGGAUAGACAUUUGCUGGGACUUCAGAAGGUGCUGAGGGAAGGGGAGAGGUUACCGGAGAUUUACAAGGAUGUUUCCUUUUCGAGGACGAGCCACUGGGAACUGAGCACGAGUCAACUGAGCAGCGAGUACUUUGAUGGAUGGGGAUAUGGCGAAGUUGUUCCGGACGGCUAUGGGCUGGCGUACUCGAUCGGAGAGAACUACAUUCGAUGGACGAUUACCAGCCAGGUGAAGAGGAACGCAACGGAGCUCAGGCACUAUCUGGCGGAGGCAGCGACGGAGACACGUGCCAUGAUGGAACAUGCAUUCGCUGCCGACAGACAGUGACCCGAAGUUUCCGGACAUGCCGUGUAUUUUAAAUCGCCUUAACUCCGAGAAUAGUAUUUGUUAUUUGUGAAAUGAAAUGUCGGCGGUGUUCGUGCUGACGUUACUUGCC